GUAACACUGAAUUGGCUUCACCUUUUUUUGGUUACAAAAAAGAUGGCGUUCCUACAUAUUUCUCGUAUUUUUCCCAAAUUACCGAAAAAUAAAGAAUUUGCAAAGGUACUGAAGCAGUCUAGACGUCUAGCAAGUGCCAGCGCUCAACCGGCGGUUCUAAACGUGCCGCCCACAAAAUGCACGGUCCUAGACUCGGGCAUUCGCGUUGCGACGGAAGAUUGGGGCUCGCAGACGGCGACGGUCGGCAUCUGGAUUGACGCCGGCAGCAGGUACGAAACCGCUCAGAACAACGGAGUAGCCCACUUUAUGGAACACAUGGCUUUCAAAGGCACCGACAAGCGUUCGCAAGGUCAGCUCGAGAUCGAAAUCGAAGACAUGGGCGCGCAGCUAAACGCGUACACCAGUCGCGAGCAAACCGUCUACUACUCCAAGUGUCUGGCGAAGGACGUACCGAAGGCGAUCGAGAUUUUGGCCGACAUCGUGCAGAAUGCCAAGUUGGGUAAAUCGGAGAUCGAACGUGAACGUGGCGUGAUCCUGCGAGAAAUGCAGGAGGUCGAGUCGAAUCUGCAGGAGGUCGUUUUCGAUCAUCUCCACUCGACGGCCUACCAGGGCACGCCGUUGGCGAACACAAUUCUAGGACCGACCGCCAACAUUCAGGCGAUCAGCGCCGACGAUUUGCGAUGCUACCUAGAGAAUCACUACAAGCCCAGCCGGAUGGUUAUAGCGGGUGCCGGCGGAGUCGAUCACGACGCGUUGGUGAAGCUCGUCGAGAGCCAUUUCGGUAAGGGCUGUAACGCCUAUUGUGCCGAAGUGCCGUGCAUCGAGCCGUGCCGAUUCACCGGAUCCGAGAUUCGCGUACGCGACGAUAGCAUUCCUUUGGCGCACGUCGCGCUCGCCGUCGAAGGUGCCGGCUGGACGGAUCCUGAUACCCUUACGUUGAUGGUGGCGAGCACGUUGCUCGGCGCGUGGGAUCGUUCGCAAGCGUCCGCCAAGCAGAACGCGACUAAUUUAGCACGAUAUUCCGCCGAGUACGACUUGUGUCACUCGUAUCAGAGCUUCAACACCUGCUAUAAGGACACAGGACUUUGGGGCGUUUACUUUGUGUCGGAUCCGUUGAAAAUUGAAGAUAUGAUGUUUAAUGUGCAGUCCGAGUUGAUGCGUUUGUGUACGAACGUAACCGAAGGCGAGGUGGCACGAGCGCGUUCGCUGCUAGCUGCAAAUACUUUGCUCCAAUUGGACACGUCAACUGCGGUGUGUGAAGAUAUAGGCCGACAAAUGCUGUGUUAUGGACGAAGAAUAUCGCCUAGCGAAUUGACCCAUAGAAUUAACGCGAUUACAGCCAAAAACGUACGGGACGUCUGCUACAAAUAUAUAUACGAUCGUUGUCCCGCCGUCGCCGGUGUCGGGCCCGUUGAGCAGUUGCCCGAUUACAAUGAAGUACGUGGGGCCAUGUACUGGCUUAGAGUUUAAAUUUUUUUUAAGCGUUAAUGUAAUUGUGUAAAUUUUAUGUAUUUAAUUAAUUAAAAUUAGCCGUUCGAAUUUUCUA